UCUUGGGAAGUCGGCUCGAAUGUAUACCGUGUGUAUUUAAAUCGUACGUACGCAAUCUCGAUAAUCUGUCGGAAUUAUGUUCAGUGUAAUAAAUGAUAAAAUACCUCAGAUUGUUUUCGCGUUAUCAGCGUCUCUGGGUGCGUUCGUCAUCGGCACAGUGCUCGGAUGGUCCUCGCCAACGCUGACGAUGUUGGAGAACGGGACCGCUGUUAGCUUCGAAGUGUCGUCCAUGGCCGCGGCGACCGCGUGCUCGCUGUUCGGCGUGGGCGCCGUGAUCGGCGCCGUCCCGGCUGGUGCCGUGUCGUCUGUGUUUGGCCGGCGCGUGUCACUCAUCGUCAGCGAGGCGCACGUGGUCUUCGGGUGGCUGAUGAUCGCGUUUCCGAAGGCCGCCCGGAUGUUGUACGUGGGCCGGAUAUUGCAGGGCGUUGGAUGCGGUGCAAUGUGCACCAUAAUACCCAUGUACGUCGGCGAGAUAGCCGAACCCGAGAUCCGAGGGUUUCUCGGCGGCUUAUACCAGUUGUUCGUCGUGUCCGGCAUCUUGUACUCGUACGUGCUGGGAAAUUUUUUGAGUUACAACCAACUCAACUUGGCUUGCGGCGUGUGGAUGGCAGUCCACAUACUCGGAGUGCUAUACAUACCGGAAUCGCCGUAUUUCCUGAUCCAGGAGAACAAAAAAGUCGACGCCGAAGAGGCGAUGGCCCGGCUCCGAGACCCCAGUCACGACUGCAAGUCCGAGCUCGACGAGAUACAGAAAUUCGUCGAAGAAGAGCAGAAGAACAGUUACACGGCGCGCGAAGUGCUCGAGAAGGACGUGAACCGGAGGGCGCUGACCAUCGGCAUCGGUUGCAUGUUUUUCCAACAGAUGACCGGCAUCAACGCUAUCAUAUUCUACAUGAAACACGUGUUCGAGAUUGCGGGAAGCGACAUUAGCCCCGAAGUUUCCACGACCGUUGUCGGCACCAUACAGGUGGUAAUGACAUUCGUGUCUAUGAUGAUCACGGACAAGUUCGGCAGACGUUCGUUAAUGGUGUACUCGAUGACUUCGAUGGGCGUCUGUUUACUGGCGCUCUCGUACUAUUUUUUUUCAAAAAAAUAUAACCCCCACGUGGCUGAGACGCUGGACUGGUUACCACUAGUGGCUAUAGUGUUGUACAUAUCCAUGUUCUCGAUCGGUUGCGGUCCCAUACCGUACAUAAUCAUCGGGGAGAUAUUCUCGUCAGAACUCAAGUCGAUGGGCACGGGCAUGUCGAUAGCCACCAAUUGGAUAUUGGUCUGGCUGGUAACGUGUCUCGCCGAACCUAUGGACAAAUUUAUCGGCCCGAGUGGUACAUUUUUCGUGUACUCCGGGUUCUGCUUUAUGGGCAUGUUGUUCGUCGUGAAUCGUGUGCCAGAGACCAAAAAUCGAUCUCUAGCUGUGAUUCAAUCGGACCUCGAAAAGAACUAACAGACGGGUUGUAUAUUCCGUCUCGCGGGUCAUGGGUGUGAGACCACUGACCACUCUAAAUAAACACUAUGUCAUUUUGAUUAAAAUUAAACUUAUGAUCGAGAUCUGGAAAUAAAUAUAAUAACAUGUUUUUGUUAUAACCACAUUCGUGAACAAUACCUUCAUGUAUUUGUUUAUAUGUCGUAAUUUAUUUUGGGUGCAUACAUAUUAUUAACGAUGAAAUAUAUUAAACAAUAUGCUCUCAAGAUUUUAACAUUAAAUAUUAAUUGUAAGCAUUACAUAAACACGCUGUACUAAAGUAAUUGGACAUGAUGUGAAUAAACAAUUGAAUUUGUGUCAAAUGAAA